AAGGAUAUUUGGCAGUUAUCUCUCAAUCGUUUCUUUAAAGUAAUUGAUGAAGAAGCAAUAUUUACAACUGAAUUUAAGGAUGCAUGGCAGAUAUUUAUAUCCAAAUAUCUUUUAAAAAUAAUUAAAGAACUAUUGGAUGGUGAAAAGAAGCUCAUUAAAAUCAAAGAUCUAGAUUGUAUUACUUUAGACUAUGAUAUUUACGAUGCUGAAGAUGUAUUAAAUCUCAACAAUCCCGACUUUAAAGCACUAUUAAAGAAAGAAUUGAACAAAAAAGGCAGAAGCAAAUAA